AGGCGGGCCCGGUAUAAAAGCGAGGGGUUCCUCUCGGACAGGCACCAGUUCGCUAGUGUCCAUCGCACAGAGACAACAAGACCUCCCAACCUUCACCAUGAAGUUCUUGAUUGUGCUGUGCGCCGCUGUGGCCUGCGCCGUCGCCAAGCCCCAGAUCCUGGCGGCUCCCUGGGCCAUCCCCAACGGCUACGCCUACUCCGCGGCCGCCCCCUGGGCUUCUCCUCUGGGCCACCCUCUGGCCUACUCCGCUGCCCACUGGGCUGGUGCUCCCCUCGCCUACUCCGCCGCCGCUCCCCUGGCCUACUCUGCCCCCGUGGCCGCCCCCGUGGCCGCCCCCAUCGCCUACUCCGCCCCCGUGGCCGUUGCCCCCGUGGCUGCUGCCGCUAAGACCCAGUACCACGCCCAGGACGAGCUUGGCCAGGCCAGCUAUGGACACUCCGAGCCUUCGCAGACCCACCACGCCGUGCAGGACGCCUUCGGCAACAAGGUUGGCUCCUUCAGCUACGCCGCCCCCGACGGCCGCAUCCUGAGGACCGACUACGUCGCCGACGCUCUGGGCUACCGCGUGUCCUCCAACGCUCUGCCCGUCGCUCCCGCCGGUCUCCCCGUCCCCGUCCAGGACACCCCUGAGGUCGCCAUCGCCAAGGCCCAGCACCUGGCUGCCCACGGUGUUCACCACAGCAUCGCCAAGCGCUCCGUCGCCCUCUUCCAGACCCCUGCCUCCACCGCUCCUCUGGCUUACGCCGCCGCCCCCGUGGCCUACGCUGCCGCCCCCGCCAUCGCCCACCACGCCGUAGCCGCCCCUCUGGCCUACUCCGCCCACCACAUCGCCGCCCCCGUGGCCUACUCCGCUCACCACAUCGCCGCCCCCGUGGCCUACGCCGCCGCUCCCGCCAUCGCCCACCACGCCGUCGCCGCCCCCGUGGCCUACGCCGCCGCCCCCGCCGUCGCCGCCGUCUCCGCCGGCCCCGUCCUCCGUGACGCCGUCCAGACCACUGUGGUCAACACCCCCGGCCACGCCGUGUCCUACCGCAUCGACUAAGCGGCCUCGUGGCGGGCCACCUCCGCUCCAGUUUGACGCCAAGACGACCUAGGCCCUCUCCGGGAGCUGCUAGUCUUUUGUAUUGGCGCCAAAUUCAAGCGGUGCGGCCCCGAUGGACCUCGCCCCGAACUGCGCAAGCGAGGCGUUUCGACCUUCCUUGAUUCCUGUCGCUCUGUCUCUGUUCCUGUUCGGGCGCCGUUCGGCCCGCUGUGCCACCGGUGCUCGACAAACAAUAAAUUAAGUCUGCCACAAACUUAUUUAUCAAAGAAA